AUGUUCUCCAACAAAUUCGACCCCAACACCGACGUCCCCGACCUCAGCGGCAAAGUCUACGUCGUGACGGGCGGCAGCGCUGGCAUCGGCUAUGGAAUCUGCGCACAUCUCCUCCAACACAACUGUGCCGCUCUCUACCUCCUCGGGAACAAAGAAGAACAUCUCCAAGAAGCAUCCGAAGGCCUGAAAUCCUACGGCGACACUUCCAAACUCCACCCGGCCCAAAUCAACCUCGCCGAUCUCAAAGAUACAGAUCAAGUAGCCAAAGAUCUCAGCUCCAAACUCUCCCGUCUGGACGCCCUGAUCCUCAAUGCCGGCCUGGGAGUCGGACCCUACGAGAUGUCCAAAGAUGGAAUCGACACACACAUGCAAGUCAACGUCUUCGCACAACAUCACCUCGCCAUGACGCUCCUGCCCCUCCUCCUCGCCACCCCAUCCUCCCGUCUCGUCCUGCAGUCUUCCUCCCUCCACGCCGCGGCCCCCUCCUCCUCCACAAACUUCCAAUUCCUCUCCGAGAUCAACCAAGACCUCGGACCCCUGAACCUCUACGCCCGCUCGAAACUCGCACAGAUCCUCCUCGUCCGCGCUUUCCAUGCCCGCAAACAGACGUCCGCCCUCGGCCUCCGCCCCAACGCGCCGCCCUGGAUCAACGCCACGCACCCGGGCGCCGUGUCGACCGAUCAGCCGGAACAGGCCGUCGAAGCCUACGGCACGCUGGGCAAGAUCGGCGUCAAAGCCGUGCGGCCUUUCAUGAAGGAGCCGCUGGAUGAAGGGUGUCGGAGCGCCCUGUUCGCCGCUACGAGUGCCAAGGUCGACGAGGAGAAGAUCGAUGGGCAGUACCUCGUUCCCGAUGGCAAGGUUUCGGACGUUUCGAAGCAGGCCGAGGAUGAGGCAUUGGGGGAGAGAUUGUGGCGAUUGACAGAGGAGAUCUUGACGGAUCGGUUGGGCAGGUUGGAGUAUGGGGUCAGUCAUGGCGGGGAGAAGAUUUACUGA